AUGGAGCACCGAUUCGCGGCGAUUCGGGUCGAUGACGGCCAUCAGAAUUCCUACCCGUGCAGCACGUGCUCCAAAAAGCAGAACUUCGACAAGCACGACAUCACGAAGCUGUUCAUCUGCGAGAACCAUUUGCAGGCAAAUCGAGCGGCCGAACAACAAGCCUACUGUGGGAAUUGCGCCUGGCAGAACCACAAGAAAUGCAAGACGAAAUCGGUGACGUUGCAGGCGUAUCGGAUAGGCCAAGUCCAGCGCCCCAUCCUUGCCCGCCACGUGCAAGGACUAGACGAUUUGGCGAACACGGCGCACGAUAUCAUCAAGGAAGCGGCAGCUUUCGAAGAGCAAUGCCGCGGCUACGUCCAGAACAUGAACAGCAACCUGGAAGACAUCGACGAGGUGGAGCGCGAGCUCGUCUUUUUUGAGCAGCAGGGCGCCGAGAGGUUGGAGCAGAUUCUGGAGGAGCUGCGGAAGUGCAAGAAUGACCUCCAGAUCCUCCGCGACUCGCUUCACUUCGAGAAAAAGCAUCAAACAAAACAGCCAAAGCCGCAAACUACAAAGAAGAACUUCAAGGGCAGAAAGAACGGACAUCAGCAACAAGUUCGGGCGCCGAGCCGAUCAGGAAAAAACGGAGUGCCCGAGUUCAACGCCCCACAAUUCUUCGUCAACGUCGCCAACGGAACCGACUUUUGCGACGAAUGCUCGCCUGGAUCCCACGCUGAAAGUGAUAACGAACAGCCCGGUGAUCCUGAUGAACCCGACUACGGCCAUGUCCAACAUGCACAACGAGUCCAAGAAGUUACGACUCGAGCUGCGAGCAGCCUGCUUCUCGUGGAACCGGACACAACCGCGCGCGUCCUGCUGAUGCCGAAAAAUAUGCGCGAACCGGCCACGGUAAUCGUCAACUACCGCAGCUCCGUCGACACCGAGACGGGCAGCUACUCGGCCGGGCAACUCGUUCUACGCUACGAUCCGAUACUGUACACAUCAAGA